AACUCUCCGCGCGUUCCUGCCUGGGCGCGUUCGCCGUCCCGGCCUCGGGAGAAUUAACCCGCCUCGCCGCAGGGCGCUGAAGUUCGGGACGUCACCGGCCGGGGCGCGGCCCGCCCGCACUGUCCGGAGCCGCUGCAUCCCGCGUGCGGACCCGCUCACUCACAAACGCAGGAGGAGGGGAUUCCCCGGACAGCCGGCGGGACGGGACGGGUGUUUCCGUACAGGGGCCAAAGGGGAAGAGAAGAGGGAGACGCAGAAGCGAAAUCGCUCGGCACACCUCCCCUGGCUCUGCCUCCACCGGGGUCCUUCCCCGCCCCGCACCCUUUGGUGCCGGUUUUCCCCCCGGGGGGCUCCGCUCCGUGCCCGAGCUUCGGCCGUCGGGCUCCCCGCGCCCGGCGCGGUCACGCGCGGCUCCCGCUCGCGGUGACGUCACCGCCCCUCUCCCGCUCCGCCGCUCCCGCCGGCGGCCGCAGCCCGCGGGUGCGGGGCGGUGCGGGGCGCUGCGGGCCGGGGCUCCGCGCUCACGGGGCUCCGCGACGCGGGCGGCGGCGCCGCGCUGUGGUGGCCGCUUGGCGCCGCCUCUUCUCUCCGUCCCUCCUUCCCGCCCGCGCCGCGCUGCCCCAUGUUCGGGUUGGAGAAGCCGGCGGGGCAGCAGAAGCCGGGCAGGAGCGGUGGGCUGCCGAAGAUGGCGUCCGUGGGGGAUUUUAACGUGCUCAGCUCCAGCAUCCCGGCCACCAAGGUGGAGCUCUCCGUGUCCUGCAGAAAUCUUUUGGACAGAGAUACGUUUUCUAAAUCUGAUCCAAUCUGUGUUUUGUACACACAAGCAAUUGGAAACAAAGAAUGGCGAGAGUUUGGAAGAACAGAGGUAAUUGAUAAUACUUUAAAUCCAGAUUUUGUAAGAAAAUUUAUAAUGGACUACUUCUUUGAAGAAAGAGAGAAUCUGCGAUUUGAUUUCUAUGAUGUUGACUCGAAGAGUCCUAACCUGUCAAAACAUGAUUUUUUGGGACAAAUGUUUUGUACACUGGGAGAAAUAGUUGGAUCACAGGGGAGCAGACUGGAAAAAUCAAUUGUGGGAAUUCCUGGGAAGAAAUGUGGAACAGUCAUAGUAACAGCAGAGGAACUAGGCUGUUGCCGAGAUUCAGUUUUAAUGCAAUUUUGUGCAAACAAACUAGACAAGAAGGACUUCUUCGGGAAAUCUGAUCCUUUCCUUGUAUUUCUUCGAAGCAAUGAAGAUGGCAGUUUUACAAUCUGCCACAAAACAGAAGUUGUAAAAAAUACAUUAAAUCCAGUGUGGCAGGCAUUCAAGAUAUCUGUCAGAGCAUUGUGCAAUGGAGACUAUGACCGGACAAUUAAAGUAGAAGUGUAUGACUGGGAUAGAGAUGGAAGCCAUGAUUUCAUUGGAGAAUUCACAACAAGUUACAGAGAGCUGUCCAGAGGGCAAUCUCAGUUCAACGUGUAUGAGGUAAUAAAUCCAAAGAAAAAAGGAAAAAAGAAAAAAUACGUUAAUUCUGGAACAGUGACAUUGCUUUCCUUCCUAAUUGAAACAGAAGUUUCAUUCCUUGACUAUAUUAAAGGCGGAACCCAAAUCAAUUUCACAGUCGCUAUUGAUUUCACAGCCUCAAAUGGUAACCCUUCACAGCCGACUUCACUGCACUACAUGAAUCCCUAUCAGCUGAAUGCUUAUGGCAUGGCACUGAAAGCUGUUGGUGAAAUAAUUCAGGACUAUGAUAGUGAUAAAAUGUUCCCAGCUCUAGGUUUUGGAGCUAGGCUGCCUCCUGAUGGAAGGGUAUCACAUGAAUUUGCACUGAAUGGAAACCCUCAAAAUCCAUACUGCCAUGGAAUUGAUGGUGUAAUGGAGGCAUAUUACAGGAGUCUAAAAUCUGUACAGCUUUAUGGACCAACAAACUUUGCUCCUGUAAUUAAUCAUGUAGCCAGAUAUGCUGCUUCAGUAAAAGAUGGCUCCCAGUAUUUUGUUCUUCUGAUUAUUACAGAUGGAGUUAUUUCUGAUAUGGCUCAGACAAAAGAAUCCAUAGUGAAUGCUUCAAAGCUUCCAAUGUCCAUAAUUAUAGUGGGGGUAGGACCAGCAGAGUUUGAUGCUAUGGAAGAACUGGAUGGAGAUGUAGUCAGGAUUUCUUCAAGAGGAAAAUUUGCAGAAAGAGACAUUGUGCAGUUUGUGCCAUUCCGAGAUUACAUUGACAGAAGUGGUAACCACGUGUUAAGCAUGGCAAGACUUGCUAAAGAUGUUUUGGCUGAAAUUCCAGAGCAGUUUCUGUCCUACAUGAGAGUCAGAGGAAUAAAGCCAUUACCUGCACCACCACCCUAUACACCUCCAAUUCACGUGUUGCAGACUCAGAUAUGACUGCUCUGAAGCAUUUAUCACAAGUCUCUGGAUGCAGCAGUAGCUUCUGAUAAUUUUUUGGAGCUAGAAAAAUUCUCUUUACAUACCAAAAUUCUCCUAUAGUUGCAUAGCAACUGGAAAGCUUUUAAAUGCUAAGAGUAAAAUGUUGAUGAUCUGAGUCUUUUUUUCUUUUUUUUUUUUUUUUUUUACAAAGCAUCCUACUUUUUUGAUGUAUUUAUUGGAGGGGGAAAGCACAAGUCAGGUUUUCAACUCAGAAGAUAGUGUCCUCUCUGAAUACUGUGUGUAUAUAAAUGUAUAGGAAUGCUAUUACUCUGUAUCAAUGUUUACAUGUUACUAUUUUUAAAUUUCAGUACUUUUAUAACUAUUCUUAAGAAUAAAAGUUUGGAAUAUUGAUUCACAUGUCUUCUAGCUUGCAAUAGUUUGUCACAAGAUAACAAGAGAAGCAAUAUCUCUUUGAAUGUUUGUCCAGGCAAAUACAAAUGAAAGCUAAGAAAAGGACAAAUAUAUCUAUGUGUUUUCAAGUAACUGAAUUGCUUCAGUCAGUGCUCAGUAAUCCAUUCAUCUCACAGUUUCAGAAUAAACUCCUGAAAUGUGAAUAAUAUAAUUGCAUAUGACUUGUAACUAACUCCAAACUCUGAGGGGGAGGUGUGUGUAUUUUUUCAGAGAUUCUCCAAUUUCUAAGUUUAUCUAAGUUUACAGAUUUUUAAACUAGCUACUGAAACAAAUUAGAAUAGUUACUUGCUUUAAUUAAUUAAAGAAAAUUACCUCAAUUCAGAACUAUCAGAGUAUUAUAGUUGAGUCAUCGAGCUCAUUAAAUCAUAUCAUGCAUCCCUUAAAGCACUAGAAAUUUUGCAUCAGAAAUGUCUUUUGAAGUGAUUACAGCAGAUGUUUUAUAAUGGAUCAUUUUAAACUUUAAAAAUUUAAAAUCAUAACCUUUUUUUGUCUAGAUUACCCGUUCAAAGGGAUGCUGACUCUUAAUACUUGGGUUUAAUAUUGUCAUUUAAUCACAUUUUCAUUCAGGGUGCAUGAAUGAUAAUGUUAAUUAACUGGUUUAAAAAUUGCACAACUAUGUUGCUUUGUGCACAAUUUUGUGUACAGAACUACCCAAAAAAUUUUAGUAUAUGCCUGUUCGUAUAUAAUUAUAAAAUGGUUUUGCAUGUAUAUUUUGUACAAAAUACACGGUUUUGUGAGUUUGUGUCAGAUACAUUUUAUUUAGAACUAAUGGCCUUAAAUUUCACAAAAUUCCUGAAAUGAUUUUGAAUUGCCUUCAAAUACUGUUAAAACUGAACAUUUUAAUUUUUUUGUGUCACAGUUGUAACUGUCUUGUAUAUGUAACAUUUUUUCUUUGCAUAUGACCUGUUUACUACUUCUGUUUCUUACUACUGAAUGUUGUAAUGUACAGUAUAAAACUAAGGUGCAUUUUUUAAGCAUGAGAAGUUUUUUGCCAGAAAGCAUAUCUUCAAUAUUAAUGACAUAUAACUAUGUAAAUGCAGAAUCUUCCAUUUUUAAAUAUAUUUAACUUCCUUUAACUAUUUCAUGUGGGAAAUUACAUUUUCCAAAUAAUUAUUCUGUUAGUAAAAAAAAAAUAAUUUUUUUUUGUAAAAUAAAGAUCUUGUUUUAUUUUUAUUUCAAAACAGUUUUUACAUAAAUAUGGACUUUAAUUUUCUCACCAGAAUAUGUAUUUCUUAGUGGAUUGAUGUUGCAUGAAUGAAAUUUGAUACUUGGCAACUACAAAUUUUGAUGAAAGUGCAUCAUAAAGAGUAAGUUUAAAUCUA